GCGCAACCCCUUCAAGUGUUUCGGCACUUGCAUGGCACGCGCGCAGAGAACGAAGGGGAAUGCAAAGCAGACCAAGGUGAGGAAGAAGUCUGAUGGGAAGUGGCGGAGAGACACCGAGGAGGCGGAGAUCGCGCGCCUGGAGCUGCGCGUCCGCCAGGAGUGCGCGGAGAGAAGUCGCUCCGCGGCCAAGGAGAAGGACGGCGCUCAGAAGGGCCCGGCGCUCACGGGGCGACUCUUCAAGGACCUUCCCAUCUCUCAGCGGACGCUGCAGGGCCUUGAGGCCUCGCAGUAUGUCAAGAUGACGGAGAUCCAGAGCGGGGCCAUCCCUCCGGCUCUCUUCGGCCGCGACAUCUUGGGGGAAGCCCGGACCGGGUCCGGCAAGACGCUGGCCUUUCUGGUGCCAGUGGUCGAGAGCCUCUACAGGAGGCGAUGGUCCAAGAUGGAUGGCCUUGGCGCUGCCAUCGUGUCUCCGACCCGCGAGCUGGCAUACCAGAUUUUCCAGGUGCUUUCCAACAUAGGGCAGGGCCACGAGCUCUCCGCCGGCUGCAUCGUGGGCGGCCGGUCUCUGGAGGAGGAGCAGAAGGCCGUGUCUGAGAUGAGCCUGUUGGUGGCGACGCCUGGCAGGCUGCUGCAGCACCUGGACGAGUCUCCUGGCUUCGAUGCCUCGAACCUCCUGGCCUUGGUGAUUGACGAGGCCGACCGGAUCAUGGACUUCGGCUUCCAGGAGACCAUGCAUCAUAUCCUCGGGCACCUCCCAAGUGCUCGGCAGACGCUGCUGUUCUCUGCCACGCUCCAUGGCAGCGUGCAUCGCCUCAGCCGCGCGGCCUUGCGGGCGCCGGAGGUGAUAUCCGUCCACCAUGACGCGAAGAGCCGCACGCCGGACUCUCUGAAGCAGACCUAUAUGGUCAUCCCUUUGGAGAAGAAGGUGGACACACUCUUUUCCUUCCUGCGUUCGCAUUCGCAGAAGAAGAUCAUUGUCUUUGUAUCCACCUGCAAGCAAGUCCGGUUCUUCUACGAGAGCUUCCACAAGCUGAAGCCGGGGCCGGCGGUGAUGGAGCUGCACGGGCGGCAGAGCUUGACCAAGCGGAUGCUCGUGUUCCAGCAGUUCAUGGAGCGGGAGCGUGCUGUGGCGCUCUUCUGCACCGACAUCGCGGCGCGCGGCGUGGACUUUCCGGCUGUCGACUGGGUCGUCCAGGUGGACUGCCCAGACACCGUGGACUCCUACAUCCAUCGGGUUGGCCGCACAGCAAGGUAUGAAAGUGCUGGUAAGUCGGCCUUGUUCCUACUUCCUUCGGAGAAAGACUUUGCUCAGAAGCUGGCCAAGGCGCGGGUCGAGGUGCGUGCGAUCGCGCCGAAGCAGAGCAAGGUCUUCUCGGUCCAGCCCCAGCUGGCCUCCUUAUUGGUGGGCUCCGGGGAGAUACGGCAUUUGGCGCAGCGGGCGGUUGCCUCCUACCUGCGGUCUGUUCGUCUCAUGAAGGACAAGGACAUCUUCGACGUCCAGGCGGUGUCGAAGGAAGCCUUCGCCGAGUCCUUGGGCCUGGCGGACGUGCCGGAGCUCGGGGCGGACUGGGAGGCGGAUGAGGACACGGAGCGCAACAAGCUCAAGAAGCGAAAGAACCAGUCCGCACUGCAGAGGCUCAAAGAGAAGAUUCGAGCGCGGAAGCAGGUGAAAGACCAGGGUGCUGUGCGGAAGGAGGAGGAGGAGGAGGAAGAGCGGGAGCUGCGGAGGGAAGGCAAGAAGAAGGUGGGGAAGUGGGAGCGGCGCCAGCGCCGCAUCGCCGCCGCCUCCGCCGCCAGCCGCGCCGAAGCGGGGCUUCCUGACCCGGAGGUGGGCGACGAGGAGGACCUGCUCCAGCCAGUGGCGCCCUCGGCAGAGGCGCCGCUGCCGGCUCCGCGGGCCAACAAGAAGUUGAAGCUCAAGGAUGGCAAAGCGCUGCAGGCGGCUGGAAAGCACACCUUCUUCAGCAAGGACGGCGCCAAGCAAACCUCCGAGCUGGCCCAGGUGGCGGAGGAGCUCACUGAGGGGCGAGAUGAAGGCGAUCGGGCGAGCUUUCUGGAGCGUGUGGCGCGCGAUUUGGCGGAGCGUGACACCUCGGAUGCCGCGCUGAGCCGCGCGCGCAUCUAUGAGAAGCACCAGAAGAAGCGGAGGAAGGAAAGGAUGGCCCGGGGCGUACAAAGAGACGCCAGCGAUGAGGAGGAUGCGAAGCCUCCAGCAGGUGCCAGGGCCUAUGUCGAGCGCUCGCCGUCGCCCUCGCCCUCACCCAGAAGGCCAGAGGUGAAGCCACUCCGGGCGAAGGCGCCUGUGAAGGAGGACAAGCCGAAGUUUCUCGGCGAUGACCUAGGGGACUUGGAGAGACAGGCGCUGAGCAAGCUGGGAGGACUGUUCUCAUAGCCGUCAGGAAGUUUCACCCAGGCAGCCCGGCAGCCCGGCUUGGAAAAGAACAUGGCUGUGG